AGUUGUAAUCCUAUUCCCUUUUUUAUGUGUGCCAACUUUGGGUGUGCCGUCACCACCUCCAUCUUGACUUUUUUGACUGGUGGCUCCCCUGCGGCUGGCAUUUGGAGCUAAGCUGCCCGCAGCCCAGACAUAAUGGAAACUGCCAUCAAGUACCUGACAGAUGGCUGCUUGUUAAGGCAGAUCUUGGCCGACCCGCAUCUGACCCAGUACAGCAUCGUUGUUCUUGAUGAAGCUCACGAGCGAAGUCUCUGCACGGAUAUCCUCUUUGGCCUGUUGAAGCAACUGUUCCACCAGGAAAAAGAAGUCAGAAGGAAGGAACCCCUGAAGGUUGUGGUUAUGUCAGCCACCUUGGACCUGGAGAAGUUCUCAGCGUUCUUUGGACGUUGCUCGGUGGUGGAGAUUCCGGGAAGGACGUAUCUGGUGGAGCAGAUCUUCUGUGACGGUCUGGGCCCCAGGGAUGUCAACAGCUCUGCGUACAUCACAGAGACUAUCAAAGUGACCUUGGAUGUCCAUUUGAAUGGCUCGGCUGGAGACAUCCUGGUUUUUCUGACAGGGCAAUCGGAGAUCGAAAGGGCUUGCGAGCUUCUCUUCCAGAAGGCUGAGAUGAUAGAUUACCGCUUUGACGUAAGAGAUCGCUCCGUGGAAGGCUUACUCAUAUUGCCACUCUAUGGCUGCAUGCCAACAGAUCAGCAGAGAAGGAUAUUCCUCCCCCCUCCUCCAGGGAUCAGGAAAUGCGUUGUCUCCACAAAUAUUGCAGCCACGUCUUUGACCAUUGAUGGGAUCAAGUAUGUGGUCGACAGUGGGUUUGUGAAGCAGUUAAACCACAACCCAAGAGUUGGCUUGGACGUGCUGGAGGUGGUGCCAAUUUCGAAGAGUGAAGCUCUGCAACGCGCAGGCCGAGCUGGUAGGACAGCAUCUGGGAAAUGCUUCCGGGUAUAUAACAAGGAAUUUUGGGAGCAGUGCAUGCCAGACCACAUGGUUCCAGAGAUCAGGAGGACCAGCUUGACAUCUGUGAUGCUGACUUUGAAGUGCCUGGCAAUCCACAAUGUCAUCAGGUUUCCAUAUUUGGACCAUCCGGAAGAGAAGCGCAUUCUAGUCGCCCUUAAGCAGCUUUAUCAGUGUGGGGCAAUUGACAGGAAAGGUCACGUGACCAAAUUGGGCCAACUCAUGGUUUGGCUUCCUCUCCCUCCUAACUUGUCAUGUGCCGUCCUCAAGGCUGCCUCUCUUGGCUGUGAUGACCUGCUGCUCCCGAUUGCGGCCAUGUUGUCUGUGGAGAAGGUCUUCAUUCAUCCAGGGGAUCCACAGAAGCAAAAGGAAGCUGAGCAACGGCACCAGAGUCUUUCUUUACAAAUGGGAGGAUGCAGUGACUUUACCACUCUCCUGAACAUCUUUGAGCAAUGCAAAGCAAGCAAGUCUCCUUCUGCUUGGUGUCAGGAAAAUUGGGUCCACUGGAGAGCUCUGAAACUGGCUUUCAGUGUAGAAAGACAGCUUCGUGAAAUCGUCAACAGGCUGAAGCAGCUGCCAGACUUUCUAAGAGAGGAUUUUGACGGUUCCAGAAAUGAGAUCCUAAGGAGGUGUCUCUGUGCAGGUUAUUUUGCCAAUGUGGCCAGGAGGUCUGCAGGGAAGUCUUUUCGCACCAUGGAUGGCCACGGCAGCGUAGCCUAUAUUCACCCUUCAUCUGCUCUCCAUGAUCAGGAAGACCAGCUGGACUGGAUCCUCUUCCAUGACGUUGUGGUGACCUCCAAGAUUUACUUGAGGACGGUGUGUCCAAUUCGUUACGUGUGGGUGCAGGAUCUGCUUCCUCGGCUCCACCAGAUUGAUGCUUAUGAGCUGAGCAGCAUGGCCCGGGAGAAUGUGACAGAGGAGGAAAUGGCUAAAUGGAAGAUGAAGGAAGCCCUCAAAAGACAGAAUGAAGGGGCACCGGAUGAGCCUGCCAAGAAGAUGGAGAAGCGGAAUGACGAGCAGUCAAUCAGAGAUGCUCGCGCACGGUACCUGGAGAGGAAGCACCAAAGACUGCAGGGAUCCAGCAUCUCUUCCAAGGACUCCAGCUAACCCAGUCACUGUGGCCCAGCGAUUGCUAUAAAUGCAGUUCCUGUGUGAUCAUUUGCAUUUUUGGAUCAGAGCCUACGCUGCUGGUACUAGCUGGGAAGAAGACAACCUGGGACGCAGGAGAGUCCAAAGAAUCACCUAAGUCCUGCAGGGGCAGAGUUACAAUCGGGUAUACAAGGACAGUCAGCAGAGAUGAAGCAGCAUCGAGGGUUGUAGCUACUAGUUGGAGUUGGAGAGAAUUUCUGUUUUCUUGCUGAGGCCCUCUUCCCUUGCGAGAUACAUUUUAGGGAUCAGUAUUACAUCUUGCAGAUCCAAACCAACAUGCUAGGUAGGUUGCUAAGAUGCAGGUGAGGCUGUUUUGAUUGCAUUGGCCCCAAACUCCAGCAUUUCUAUACACCACCCAGAGUCGCUUUUUUGUGAGAUGGGUGGCUAUAUAAAUAUAAUCAAUCCAUCCAUCCAUCAAAUAAGCCCAAAUUAGUUUACCUUCACCAUCUCUGAUUUCCCUUGCAUUGUACCCCAGGAAUUGUAAUAACAGGAAAAUUCAUUGGGGGCAACCAGGACACUGUUAAAAAGCCAGCCUGCAGUUGUACUGAAAUCAAUAGCAACACUGAUGAGGAUUUUUGAUGGCUGAACAACAGUGCACCAUUGUAAUAAAUCCUGAUUCUUUCUCUUUCCCAAGUUGGAGGAAAAGAUCCUGAAAUGAAUAUAUUUAACUAUUUGUAGAUCUUAUUUAAUGUUUUAAUGUACAGCCAUUGAUGUUUUUCCUGGCUGGUGCAAUUUGAAUUUGGCGUAUCACGUCAGAAUUGUUUGGGUAAGUAAAAUUUUCAAGCAGGACUAUAAUGAGCUUUUGUGUUUGGUUUGCUGUUUCAUAUGACCGUGCUGCAUUGUGUGCGCAUAAUAUAUUCUGCAGCAGCUGCUGUUGGUUUGUAAAAUAUGGAA